UUCUUUUAGUGUUGGAGAAGGAUCUACUUGCUCGUUUUUUUCAAAUGCAACAUAUGCAGAGACGAAUUUAGAAAUGGGGCAGGUUUCACAUUCUCUCAAGUCUUAAAUAAGCACGAGAUUAGUUCAUGCAUUCUAAUUUUAGGUUCAAUUGUUGGCAAAGAGUAGACCACAAAACUCUUCGGGAAUAAAAAACAAAGUCAAAUUUACCAUAUCCCAUAUUGCUCCUAUUCUUUUGUGUAUUAUCUCAUCAAACCCCACUAAACCAACCUCUUUCUUUCUUCUUCCUUCCUUCCUCAUUUUGUGAUCCUUCUCAACUAACUAUUGCGUAAUGCAUUUCAACACAGAAAGAAUACAACACAGGGAAGAAUAAGGCAUAUUUUCUUGGUUUGAUUGAGAUCCAGAAGAGAAGAAUCUCUUAGAUUAGAUAUCUCAUAUAAAGGGAAUGGAAGGAUUGGAUGGGUUGAUAGAGAGGCUUUUGGAAGCGAGGAAAAACAGAGGCAAGGGGAUUCAGUUAAUUGAGUCUGAAAUUCGCAACCUUUGUGUCACUGCCAAAGAAAUCUUCCUCAACCAACCUAACCUUCUUGAGUUGGAAGCUCCCAUCAAUGUUUGUGGGGACAUACACGGGCAAUAUCCAGACCUGUUGCGAUUGUUCGAGUACGGAGGUUUUCCGCCGCAAUCGAACUACCUGUUCCUCGGAGACUACGUGGACAGAGGAAAACAGAGUAUUGAAACCAUAUGUCUUCUUCUCGCCUACAAGAUCAAAUUCCCAGAAAACUUCUUCCUCCUCCGAGGAAAUCACGAAUGUGCCUCCAUCAACAGAAUCUACGGAUUCUACGACGAGUGCAAGAGGAGGUUCAGCGUUCGACUCUGGAAGAUCUUCACCGAUUGUUUCAAUUGCCUUCCAGUCGCGGCGGUGAUCGACGACAAGAUCCUGUGUAUGCAUGGCGGUCUGUCGCCGGACAUGGAGAACAUGAAUCAGAUUAAGGAAAUAGAGAGGCCAGUGGAUGUGCCGGAUCAGGGAUUGUUGUGCGAUCUGCUUUGGGCGGAUCCAGACAGAGACAUCAAAGGUUGGGGGGAGAAUGACAGAGGAGUGUCGUUCACUUUCGGAGCUGAUAAGGUUGCAGAGUUCUUGAAGAAGAAUGAUCUGGAUCUCAUAUGUCGGGCCCACCAGGUGGUGGAGGAUGGGUAUGAAUUCUUUGCAGAGAGACAACUAGUGACCAUAUUCUCAGCACCAAACUACUGUGGAGAAUUCAACAAUGCAGGAGCUCUCAUGUGUGUUGAUGAGACAUUACUCUGUUCCUUUCAGAUUCUCAAACCUUGGAGAGGAAAAGCCCCACCACUUGAAUAACCUUUAUUAUUAGUUUCUUCUGUUUUUCUUAUCUUCACGACCACUCACAUCUCACUGCACUUCACUUUCUCUCCCACCUCUUUGAUACAUAAAUAAUUAAACCCAGGUGGGGUUUGAUGUAAAGUUCCUCCAAAUGCACAAGUUUAUUCAUUAAUUAUUAUGUUGUUUUCAAUUAAUUAAUUAGGGUUUUUGCUAAUUGCAAGCUUGGUGACUCCACGUAGUGUGAAUUGGAAUAGAUCCAGAGAAAAAACAAUAGUGGGCAUGAAGGAUAGAUGUAGAUUUUCUUUUUAUUUGCAUUUAUAUAGUCAUACUCUUUUAUAUGAUCACUUGUUUUUUUUUUUUUGGCCAAUAUAUGUUCACUUGUUCAUUCUUCAUGAAUGUAUGAAUGUAGAGAAUUUCAUU